CGCUAAAUGGCCGAAUAGCACGUGGAGCAAUGAGUAAUAACGUGCAGGGGAUGUAGCUUAAUGCCCCUGUGACACAUCGUGUGGGAAAAAAAAAAAACUUCGCGUAUGCAUGCACGGGAUUACUCAUACUUGACGUGAACCCUAGAUGGACGACGGGAUAUAUAAAAAGCUUUCUCGCCUGCAAGUUUAACUACCCCUUACUUCCUCCUCAACUAUAUUGACACUGUCCCACUCCAAUAAAAAAGAACACGCAUCACAAUGAACGCACAAGUACAGCUAUACGACACACCGCUAUCUAUUCUAUCUAUCCCCAGAGAAAAAUACUGGCUCUUCUCGCUGGGAGUAUUGCAGCUCUUGCACUACGUAGCAGAUAAACUUGGUGACGCUGACAAUGCACAAGACGACUCUACUGACAGCGAGAGUGAAGGAGAGGACGAAGAAGAAGGCUACCAGUCCGAUGCCACCUCCAAUUCAGUGCCGUCUAUCAACUCCCAUUCCAGAGCUUCCACUCCCGCAUACACAACAGAUCUCUCUGCUUGCAAUUCCAAGGACUCGAUACCGGAGCCAGACCAUACGGAAAUUGAAGAUCCGUUUUUACACGUCGCCUUCACCCCGUCGGAAUGCACCAUUAUCUGCUCCGCAGCCUUGAUCUCGAAGUUCUUUACCCAGCCUUUGAACACCUCUGUCCAGGAACCAGCCUGCUCUUUUGACACCAAACUCUUCCAGGAAGCAUACUUGGCUCUCCAGGUAGUUACCGAUGGCCUUGAUAACAAGAGAGUAUUGGAAUUGACCGAGCCGCUCUCCGAUUCAGACAUUUCCAUUUUCUUUUUGUCCACGCAUUUUGCCGACAUCAUCUUGAUCCCUGAAGCUUCUAAGGCCAAGGUUGUUCAGAUUUUGCUGUCCAAGGGCUAUGACUUGGUUACCUCCUCACCGAUCCCCGCUGGCAUUAAACAUGAGCCUGUUACUGUCGAGUCUGAUGAUUUGGCCACCAAGACCUUUGCUUUGUUCGCAAAGCACGGUAUCAAGCCUUUGGUCUCCCCGCGCGCCAAACUACUACUCACUGGUGCCAGACCAGGCCGCCAAAAUGCCCGCGAAGUGAUUCUUCUCUCAGCGCAGGCUCUUGCCGCACACAACCCGUCCGUUCCUAAUUCCUUUGUGGAGUACUUUGCCAUCACCAAGACCACGGGGUCGUCCAUUUCCUUGCUUCUCCCCAAAUCCUCAAAGGUGAGGCACAAGCUUGGGUUUGGUGGGAAGAACAAAUUCAUUGGGUCUGAUGUUGACAGUAUCAUUCCCAUCAGUGUGGACUUGACCAAGUUGCCUAUUGAUUCUAAAGGUAUUGUGGCCGGUUUGGCGGGCAGAUUGUUGAACAGCGAGGCGGUGGAGAACGCUGUGUUUGGUGGAGACAUCGGGGUUUUCGAAAUGAACUAUUUGUCUAUGGGUUUAUCCGGUGUCGUUAUGAUCCCAGAGGAAUGGUUGAAGGUUGUCUCGAGUGUUUUGGUUUAGGUGUAUUUUUUUGCACCAUUAUUUUUUUUGUUUUUGGGGUGUUUUAUAUGGGUUUAUUGGGACUCUCGGU